AUGGACAACCGGAAGGCGUAUUUGAAGCGGAAGGCCGGCGAUGGAUGGGAGAUGACUAAGUUUACAACUCUCCAGAAUUGGGCUGCAGGGCGGCUGUGCCAGAGUCGAGAUGAGUUCAUUGGUGUGGACGCAACUAACGCUGCAGCCAUGAACGCCCUGAUCGACGACCGUGCGCUUCUAAAGGAGGUCUACAACGUGAUCAAGAUCCUGGUGCAGGAGUUUGAUGUGGAGGAUGGCGACAAAACGUACAAGGAGCAUCGAGUUGGCCAAGUGGCAGGGUGUCGACUGUCAGAGACAGAAGGUGUGUACGUGUGGAGCGUCACCUUUAUCCACGGCGACUCGCUCGAAUAUCAGGUUGAGGAGCUUGUCCACGCGGUGGACUGCACGUACAAAGCCAUUCUCGCCGCAUCUGACAUGGCCGACGUACGCGCACUGUUUGGCAGUCUCGAGAGCGCUGUCCGGUUGGAGGGCAGCGGGAGCCUCGAGCAUUCUGUGGUUGACAUCGGGAUCUUCGAGUGGUUCGGAGUGAACUCGCGCGACAGCGGCAACUCGGCUGCAUCGAGAAGUGAAGGCACCACGGCCACACAACAGGAGCCCUCAACCCGCAUUAAGAGCAAACCAGGACCAGUGUUGUACGAGCCCGGCACCUUCAGCAGCGCGGACGACGUUGGCGACCCUGGUGACAAGGUUCCUCACUUUCCAAAUCGCGUCGAACAAGACAACCACUCCUCUUCCUCCUACCUCGACACCAUGACCAAGUUCUUGCUCCUUUGUUUGGUCGCGAUCACUCUCCUCGUAAGCGGUGACGCAAUCUCGGCGCCUGCCCAGAACAAGCUGGGCCAAGUGGCUCCCGCGGGGGUGAACGACGCUGUCCACGCCGACAUCACCACCAAGCGGUCACUACGUGGCCUCGAGGAGACGCUCGACGCUGCCGACGAAGAGAGGGGCCUGCCGGAGCUGGCCACGAAGCUCAGGACGUGGGUCUCCAACUCGAAGCUGGUGCAGGCGGCGGCGAAGCAGGGGCAGACGCUGGACCAGAAGCUCCGCGUCGCCAAGGCCUCCAUGCUCAUCAAGCUCAAGGUGUCGGACGAGGUGCUGUACAAGUUCAAGGUCCUUCCCGACGAGUACUUCCUGGCCAAGGGCCUGGACCCCAAAAUCAAAUUCAACUCCAACUCGGCCUCGGCGGUGGAGAGCAACCCCGGCUUGGCGCAGUGGUUCGCGUACACGAAGUCCUGGAACGACCUGGAGGCGAAGGCCAAGUUCAAGAUUUGCUGGAGCAUGGCGGACGCGGCUCCCCCGCGCCUCCGCGGCACCAUCUGGAAGCGCAACGCUGGCAUCCUGCGCGCCUGGCACAGUCGAGCGGCGGUGGUGACGGCCGAGGGCUUUUUACUCUACAAGAAAAAAUCGGAUGGGGGCAAGACCAAGGAGAUCGACCUGGUCAAGGCGACAUUUGCUGCCUCGAUCGCGCAGACCAACGGGUACUACUACUUCGAGCUGCAGUAUGGGCCCACGCAGGUCGCGAUUGGGUUUCCGGCGCUGGAGGAGGCGCGACUGUGGCUGAGUGGCAUGAUGGAGGCGGCUGACGAAAACAGUGCGGGGCGACGCGCGUGGAUGGCGAAUCUGCGUCGGAUGUUGACACUCAAGCUGCGUGACCGACGAGAGCUGGUGCCGGCGAUGGCGGACCGCGACUGGUUCAGUGAAUGGAACUUCUGUCUGAGAUCACUGAAGAAUGAUAGAGAGCCGAUCGCUGCUCGACAGAGACGACUGAAGCGGCUGCAUACGUUCGAGCUGUUUACGGAAAUUCUGGCGGAGAUUUUCUUCUCGUCGGUGCAGCAGCGAGAUUCUCGAGGAAUCGCUCGCAUCGAAUUGUUCGAACGGGCAGCAAGUGACUUCGCCCUGAACGGCGGGAUCGACCAACGGGCAGCAGAGUUUUCUCAGAGUGCAGGAGCGCCACACCCCAGCUUGGUGUCGUCGAUGUCCACUUCGUCUCUUACGUCCACGACAUCAAAUUUGGGCAUUGACAACGACCAAAGUGCGGGAAGCGCUUAUACGAAGCGUGACGACGUGGAUGAGAUGAAACUCGCUGGAAUCCGAUUGGAGUUUGCGUCCAAAAGUUGGCAGGGACACAAGCGUCUAGCGAAAGAAACCGCACUAUUCGCCAGGUUCCGCUCGCUGAUUGAGCUCUUCCUCUCGGAAAGUGCGACCGAAGAUGGGAAGCUGCCUGGGGCUCUGCGUGCAGUAUUGACAAAGCUUCCGUCCUUCCCGCUCGUCUCGGCGUUUUCGAUUCGUGGAGUGAGCGUCGUCGCUAUUGCUGAGCCCCUCAGGAGCGAACGCUCGACGAUCGCGACAAUUGACAACCGCGACCUUGCCGGGUUGAGCAUGGCGCUCCGUGACGCCAAGAUGUUGCGGUACUUCCCAUACGAAGAACUGCCUGAGCUGGUAGUACGGAAAUUCCCUGGUAAUGUGGCGCCAACUCUGGUGAGGGUACACCCGCGUUACGACAAUGUACUUGUGAACUCGCUACGAUCGCCAAUGGUGCACGGCGUUUUGAUCCGAGCGGUGCAUGGGGUGAGUGACGAUAACAAACGGGUUGAACUGCUCUCUGCUCUUGACGUGAAGGAAUUGGUGCGGACGAAGGAGCCUCACUGGAUCCCGUAUCUGGAUCUAGUAUACUACCAGCUGGGCAACGGAGCCUCUCCUGUCGAGAACCUGGCUGCCAAGGAAUUUCUGCUUAAGACCAGCAGGUACUCAACAAGCCAGCCGCUGACUGGUGACAUUGUCAUCACAGUCGAUGCAGAGAAGAGCAAGUUGCUGUUGGAUCUGCCUGAGGCGUUUGUGAAGAAGCACGACGUGGACAUCCACCCCCUUGUUCGGAAGCUCCAGGGCGUCAAGAAGAACAGCGCCAUCUUCGCGCUGGCUGCUUCAAGCCCGACAUUUGCCAGGAGCCAAAAUGGACGAUCCCGUCCAGUUGAUACAGGUGUGCACGUUGCCCACGAGUAUGAAGACGGAGUGAAGAAGCUGUUUGUGCAACACAUCAAGGAGUUCGCAGCGCAGCUCGUCACGCUUGGAGACACACCCGAGGCUAGAACAGCCGGGUUUGGAGCAACUGGAAGACCGAGAGCGCCUACUUGGAAUCAGUCUCAGGGAGGAGCACCAUCUCGCGGUCGCUUGACCCGGUCCAACACGCUGUCGUCUAUGCCUCGACCUGAAGAUAUCUUCUCGUCAUCAACAACUUCUGCUACUCAACACACUGAGUUUGAACCGAUUACUCAGCCGCCUCUGCGUCGACGAAUGUCGUCACUGAGCUCCAUGGCUCAAACGCUAGGAGCAAGUGGAUUACCGGACAGCAAUUCCGGCACGUACGUUAUUGACACGCUGCAUCUCCGCCAGACGAUGCGAGAGGGCGGCGUCAACAUGCGCUUCUUGCCACUGGUAUUCCAGUAUCUAAGCCGCCGUGACCAACUGGGCGUUCAAGUUCUCGUUGCUAGCGAAAUUGUGGCUCGACUGGCGAAGAAUUUGUUCCGGUACCGCAUGCUCAACGAGGAUACAGGGAAGACAAGCCGCUGGAAGUCGAGGAAAUCACGACUGAUCAAGUUCAUUGACUCCAUCAUGCACGGUCUUUUCCACAAGAACCUCCCUGAUGGGCGAUGCGCGAUAGUGGAGUGCUUCGGGGACCAGUUCUGGGACAUCGACGGCCCCAUCAUGUACUCGCUAGGAGCCUUUUCAUCCAGUUUCGCGAUGGAUACGAAGACUCAGAACCAAGUGGUGAACUCGUCCAGCUCCUGCCUGGACAAGUACCGCGACCUGUUGAAGGUGAACCCUGCCAUGUUAUUCAACAGUUUACUACACGUCUUCCAGGCGCGGCUGACCAAGUCGAUUCUGCCCGAGUUGCACGAGAACCGCUUCGUGUCUGUCCCCUUCCUGCGUACCGAGGACGACCUGACGUUUAACUACGAAGAAGACGACCCGAAGCUCGCCAUGAAGAUCCACCAAGGUCUGCUAUGGAGUAACCUGCAGUUCUUCCGCGUACAGUUCGAAGCCUUGAAGCCCGAAUUACCCGUCUUAAACGACGGAGAGCAAACCAACACCAACAGCAAGGGUAAGCUGGGCGUGUGGACGGAAUUGACGACGUGGACUCAGUACUACCGGAUGCUGUCGCAGAUCUUCCGACAGAGUUUGAGCCGUCCUCACCUCACACGGCUGGAGAAGGCGAUUCAGUCCUGGCAAGACUUGACCGCGGUUCGAGCGCAUCUGAGCUUGGCGCUUCGUGCUGCAGCCGCUCCUUCGUAUCACCCGUCAGGGAACAGCAAGGUAUCGGCUGUCAUUCGAGAGCACUGCAGCUUCGCGUACCUGCGCAUGGCCUCCAGUAAAGCGCUGUUUCCUAUCGAGUACAAGCUGGCAUUGCGCUGUCUGGAGCUCGUGAGCUCCGGCGAAGAACUGGCCAAGGCCAUGGAGGAGUGCGACGAGCUGCUGGAGUGGCUGAGGUUCUUCUACCGACCAGCGAACCCGUCGCAGUUUGCCAAGGGCUCGUCGUCUCACCCCGUGUAUUCCAUUCAGUUCUCAACGGAGCAGAGGGAGCUGGAAGAUCCGACACAGGAGAACGCGUUGCUAUUCUCUUUGAGAGAGCGAUUCAGGCGUCAGCAGUCUCGCCAGUCGUGGAUGUCGGUCAUGUUGAGUGUCGACGCGUACUGUCGCCGAAUAGAGGCCAUGAGGCGGGAUCCAGUGGCUGACGCGGCCACGAGAGCUGUGUUGUGUGAGAUGGGGUUCGCCUCGCGUAUGCCGUCUGCCCCUCUAAGUCCAACAAGCACCUGGGAGAACGGGUCUGUAAUGGACUUGACAGCGUCUGGGACUGAAAAGUACCAAGCGUCUUUCAGCUUCAACCCCGAAGACUCCUCAAUGCUGCCAUCCAUGUAUUCGUCACGAGGAGAUGCGCUGUGGUUCAUCGAGUGCUUCUUCCUCCCCCCGCUGGCGAAUAACUCGCUGCUCGUCGCAGGAGACGCACUGGUGAACAACGAAGAGAUCUCCAGUCGAAUGACGAGCGUCCGUGCUGGCGCCGCGGACGAAGGACCCGUUCCUGGUCUCGCCUUGGUCUGGGGCAAGCCACUCGGCUUAUCACUGGACGAAGAGGCCCACAUCAGCCAAGGGGGCCGCUCUGCGACGCUAUGCCUGCGCCCAACAGCCGAGAACGCGUCUCCAAUCCGCAUGGCCUCGUUUCCUCGUCCUUUGCGUCGAGUGGUUCAAAUCGCCUGUGGAUAUCGCCACACCGCCCUCAUCACUGACGACCGACACUUGUACACGUUCGGCCACGGCGAGUGCGGUCGACUGGGCCAUGGUAACCAGGAAGACUGCACGGAGCCGGUAUCUGUGGGAUAUUUUACCAGUCUCAUUGAAGCUGAGGGCGUCGACGUUGGUGGAGUUGUCGAGGUCUCGUGCGGCCGCGAACACACCAUGGCGGUGACUGCGAGUGGAGAUCUGUUCGGCUUCGGUUGGGGCGAAGCGGGUCGCCUUGGAACUGGUGAGACCGGCAGCAGUUUGUACCCGACGCGCGUGACGGAUCUACAGAACAUCGCUGCGGUAGCGUGCGGACGGGAGCACACGCUGGCGCUGACGAGGAAAGGCCGAGUGUUUGCGUUUGGCGCGGGCUUCGGUGGGCGUCUGGGCAAUGGCAGCGAGACGGACGAGGAGCUGCCGUUCGCAGUGCAAGGGCUGGAAGACUACCGGAUCGCGGCCAUCGAUGCUGGAGAGUGCCAUUCGUGUGCUCUGAGCACUGAAGGAGACGUGUUGACGUGGGGGUUCGGCAGCUCUGGAGCGCUGGGUCACGGCGACCGCGACAACUGUUUAGAACCGAGGCGUAUCGAAGGACCGUGGACUGGGAAUGCUAUCGAUGGAGAGGAGAACCAAGCGAGCGAGACGUCGGUGGUCUCUGCGAUUGCGUGUGGGAGUUAUCACACGCUAGCGGCUACGAGUGACGGAGCUCUCUAUGGCUGGGGCGACGCUGCUGCCGGACAGCUGAGCGUUGAAUACAUCACGGCACCGGAGAUGGUCGUGCUUACGCCGCAGAGAAUCCGCGUGCCGACCAAUUCGGGCAUCCGAAGCGUUGCGUGCGGUACCUUCACGUCGGCCGUGUGCACGAACCAGGGCCACCUCUUCCUAUGGGGGUCGCCGGCUGCAGGGAACGGAGCCCCCUUAGAAGUUGACGAUGCGCGGGUCAAGAGGAUCGGCGUUCUGGGGGAGUUCGAGUUCUCACAAGUCGCAUGUGGAGCGUAUCACGCUGUAGCUAUCACCCGAAAGCUCGAGUACUGCUAG